AAUGUAGUAUAUCAAUUGACGGUCGACAGGACAAUGAAAAGAAAGGAAUUACCGAUGUUAUCGAAGAAAAUGCGCUUUGAGAUGAAUGGUGACACAUGA